AUGAUGAGUUUGAGAAACGUAAUAAGAAGGAUACCUACACCAAAGACGAUACAAUAUACUCCACGACUUUGCAUAUUACAUCUAGAGUCAAUAAGGUGGAACUCGACUGCUGCCACUUCGUCUACAUCGUCGAGGCAAAAAACCCUCAAACCAUCAUCAUUCGCAUUUCCUACAGAUCCACCAUCAUCCCCACCACCACCACCACCAAGGAAACAAUUACAAGAUGCAGUUACAGUUCUGAGACCAGAUGCUGAGGAUUUCAAAGCUACAAAACUUGUCCAUGGCCAAACUGAUAAAGUAAUAGCUAUAACCGAUCGUGCAUGUUCCAAAUUACAAUCAAUCAAACAAGAUAAUCCAAAAGACACAGCCCUUCAAAUCCAAGUUGAGAGUGGCGGAUGUCAUGGAUUCCAAUACAACUUACACUUGAUCAAUCUAGAUCAAUACCUCAAAGAUCAUAGUGACUCUUCAGAUGUGUUUGUGUUUGAACGGGUGGGAGCUAAUAUCGUUCUUGAUGAUUCGAGUUUAACGAUUUUACAAGAACUGAAGUUGGACUAUACAAAGGAGUUGAUUGGUAGUCAGUUUAAGAUUGUUGAUUCGCCUUAUACUUCGACUGCAUGUGGAUGCGGGGCUUCAUUUGAUUUUGAUUUUGAUAAAUUGGAACAAAAUAAAAAACAAAGGGAGUAA